GUAACGCUUCCACAUGGCAAAAGCAUUUCUUCGCAUAUUAAAGAUAUUCAAAUUUAAUCUCGUCUUUGUAUCUGUGUUAGUCUGAAAAUGUUGCUUUCACUGACAGUUUCCAAAACUGGAAAAUUUGUCAGUAAUUACACACGACGAUAAGACAUUGAAGUGUUCGUCUCAAAACUUGUAACCUUGAAAAGGGUGUUACAGUGAAAGUAACGAAUCAGAGGAAACUCGGUACUUUUUCUCACCAAAAUACGGUACAGUUUUGAAGAAUCAGAUUAGGCGGUUACCCUUUUCUUUUUUUAACCUUCAUGGCUUGUCCGGGAACUUUUUCCGACGAACCGUUGAGUCCAGCCGGUCGGCUUUUUCUUCAGCAGAAAACGGACGUGGUUAUCCACUGUAUUGCUCGUACCAAAAACCCCAUCGACGUAGACGGUGCAAAAGCGACUAUUAUGUCUUCGCCGAUGGGGCAGCACCCUAGAUUUUGUAGCUUACUGGUUCGUGACGAUAAUGGAUUCGAACACUGGAGAAAAACCCGGCUCGACGUUGACCGACAUGUUAUUGUUGUUAAACACCGGGUUAAUGAAGAUGAAGAAGAUGAUGAAGUAGCAGUGAAUCUGUAUGUAGCUGAUUUAUCAGUGAGUAGUCCAUUGAGUACGGACAAGCCUUUAUGGGAAGUUCAUCUUUUAACAGCGCAUAAGCACGUUGUGUUUAGGAUCCACCAUUCUUUAGGUGAUGGGAUCUCUUUAAUGUCCAUGUUAAUGGCUAGUUGUAGGAAGGUGAGUGAUCCAGACGCGCUUCCCAUGAUGGUUCCCGAGAAGACGACCGAGAAAAAAAGGGAUUCGCCAUGGUCGUUUGGUUCCAUGUGGGGGUUUUUAAAGAUGGCUUGGCUCACUUUCGUAUUCGUGUUGGAGUUUUUGCUGAGGAGUCUCUUUGUUUCUGACCGGAAAACGGCGGUUUCUGGUGGCGAUGGCGUGGAACUCUGGCCGAGGAAACUAGCCACCGCUAAGUUCUUGCUUGAUGACAUGAAAGAGGUCAAAAAGGCCAUUCCUGAUACUACGAUUAAUGAUGUCCUGUUUGGGAUAGUGUCAUGUGGACUAUCAAGAUACUUAGAUCACCGAACACCAAAUGCCUUGCAUGAAGGCCUUCGUAUGACAGGUGUAGCUAUGGUUAAUUUAAGAGCAAAACCAGGGUUGCAGGAAAUAUCUAAAUUAAUGAAAGAUAAUUCAGAAACAAGAUGGGGAAACAAAUUUGGGGUAAUUUUGUUACCUGUCUUUUAUCAUAAAAGUGGUAAUGAUCCUUUGGAAUAUUUGAAGAGAGCAAAGGUGAUGGUUGAUAGGAAGAAACAGUCCCUGGAAGCUUACUUUUCUUACAGGAUUGGGGAUCUUAUAGUGUCCCUGUUAGGAAUAAAGUAUGCUUCUUUGAUUAAUUACAGGCUCCUUUGUAAUACAACCUUCACUAUCUCAAACUUGAUUGGCCCUUUAGAGGACAUUACACUUUCAGGCAACCCUAUCUCUAGCAUCAAGGUCUCUACUUCUAGCCUACCACAGCAGGCUCUAACGAUGCACAUGGUGAGUUAUGCGGGUAAAGCCGAAAUGCAAAUUCUUGUAGCUAAAGAUAUCAUCCCUGACCCAGAGUUUCUAGCUAAGUGCUUUGAAGAUGCAUUACUUGAAAUGAAAGUGGCAGCAAUGGAGGCCAACAAAGCAUAGGAAAAAAAAGUUAUACGUAUACAAGUGAAAAUUUAUGAACAUUACAAUAUACCACAUGAAAGUUCUAGUGAAUUUUUUUUUACCCUUCUCUGUUUCUUUUGUUUUGUAAGCAGUAAAAAUAUCAUACAGGUUUUUAUAUUAAUAA